AUCGGUUGCUAUCAUAUGGUCCAUGACAGGCUUUCGCAUACCAUCACUGCAUCACUAUGACACACAUCCCAAAAUAGCGUACCAAACACUGAAUGCUGUUAAUGGACCACUUCUCGUCGUAGACGAUGUGAAAUUUCCCGUUUAUGGAGGAGUUGUUCGUAUAAAAAUGAGAGAUGGCAGGACAAGAAUUGGACAGAUUUUGGAAACUCAUGGAAACAAAGCGAUUAUUCAGGAACUUUGA